CGAUUGUGAGCAUUUCGCGUCUCGCUUGACUUUGACAUCUGCUCAUUGUCCACAGACAUGUCUUCCGCUCUGCCAGGGAGCAGAGAUCUGCCUGCUUCUCGUCAUGAUCUCAGCACAUAUUGGGGCAGAGUCAAACACUCCGCAGACAUUUCAGAUCCGAGAACACUGCUCACUUCUUCGGCGGGUCUCGAAAAUGCCAAAGCACUGAUUACUCAGUAUAAGCAAGGCAAGAUCCCACAGAUGACUCCGGACCUAUGGACCGCCAAGAAGAUUGUUGACUCCACACUGCAUCCGGACACCGGAGAACCAGUAUUUCUCCCCUUUCGCAUGUCAUGCUUCGUCCUAUCCAAUCUGGUCGUCACUGCGGGAAUGCUCACACCGAACCUGACCACUACGGGAACAAUUGCCUGGCAAGUCGCCAAUCAGUCUCUCAACGUCGCCAUCAACUUCUCAAAUGCAAAUAAGAGCACACCGAUGUCGACCUCAAGCAUAGUCCAAUCCUACUUCUUGGCGGUUGGUGCAAGUUGCGGUGUUGCUGUCGGACUGAACUCCAUCGUACCGAGACUGAAAAGUCUCAGUCCUAGUACAAAAGUCACCUUGGGUAGAUUGGUGCCAUUUGCUGCAGUGGCCAGCGCUGGUGUGCUGAACGUGUUCCUGAUGAGAGGGGAAGAGAUUCGUCGAGGCAUCGACGUCUUCCCAAGCGAGUCCGAAGAGGUUCGCAAGAAGCGCGAGGAAGCUGGGCAGCCUCUCGAGUCGAUCGGCAAGAGCAAGAAGGCAGCCACCCUUGCAGUCGGCGAGACUGCUGUCUCCCGAGUACUCAACGCUACGCCGAUCAUGGUUAUCCCGCCUCUCAUCCUCGUACGAUUGCAGCAGAGACAGUGGCUGAAGUCCCGGCCCCGGUUAGUACUGCCAGUCAAUCUCGGACUCAUCCUCACUACAAGCAUAUUCGCGCUGCCACUUGCUUUGGCAGCUUUCCCACAGCGACAAGCGGUAAAGGCCACGAGUCUGGAGAAGGAGUUCUGGGAAUGUGGUGGAGAGAACGGCCUUGUUGAAUUCAAUAGAGGUAUUUGAUCGCGGUCGGCCUAUAUCUCUGACGACGACGACUGCAGAUUCGGUCUGGUCGGUUCUCCUCUGGCCAGCAUUGCUUGCGCCUUUAACAAAUUAGAUGCUCACAUCAAGCGAUUGAUACACUACGACUCACAGACUCGGCUCAGAAUUGCAAUUUGAGCCUCACUAAUAGAUACCCUUUCACUUUUUAGUGCACCAUGAUGGCCUCAUUCUUGGUUCAAGCCUACGCGUACCUGGUUGCCUUGGGCAGCUGCUUCGACAUGACCACCUCUUUCUGGCAUGUGGCUGAUCUGACAAGCUCAAAAUACACAACACAGCUCCCCCGGAAACAGUCUGACAUCUCCAUCCCCUCGACAACGC